CUUCAAGCACGCAAUAUACCAGCAGUGUCUACCAACUCGUCAACUGUGUCCAGCAGAAUAUUCAUCACCGUCUACCCCAGCACAGGCUCAAGAAUGGAGUAAUAAUCCUCUCGCUCACAAAGACCUACUUUUCAUCACCUCUCCACACACACUAUAUCCAUUCCCUCGUUCAUCAAUAUAUCCCACGUUCAUUCCAGCCAUCAUUACCUAACCCCUGCUCUCUUUUCUCUAUAAUAAACAAUGUCUUUCAAACAAUUCCUCCUUUUCGCCACAGACGCCACCGGUCUCGAAAAGCUGCUCCGGCUUCUGCAAUGCCUAUCCCAGAUCCUCAGCGGUUUAGCAUCUACAUCCGGCGACGUCUUGUUCUGGAACCAUACACGUAGACAAUUCGCACUCGGUCGUCGAUAUCUCCGCUUCUUCCGGGUUUUUGAAUGUAUCUCACGGAUGAGCGAUGUUUAUUUCCAGACAGCAGCUGGAGGCUGGGAAAUACUAUUUGGAGUUUUGAAGUGGGGAUUCUUGGGCGGGUUUUUGGGGUUAGAGUCUUUGACGCUCUUGGAUGCUAUGGGCGUGUAUCCCGUAUCCUGGGCAGCGAGCGCUAUGCUAGAGGCGAAUAAACUAUGGUUUUAUUCCCUGGUAUGCUCGAUAGCCUUGGGGAUCCUGCAGCUUUCUUCAAGUACAGAAGAUUCAAAAUCGAAGAAGGGGGAGAAGAGUAAGGGGAAAGCUGCUGCUGUGGGGGAGCGAGGAAAGGAUGGGAAGGGACAAAGGAUGGGAAAGGAGGAAUUACAGAGGGUUAAGAUUAGAUUGGUGGCGGAUUGCUUUGAUUUACUGGUCCCGGGCUUUGUUACGGGCUGGAUACCGGUUGGCACUGUGGUGGCUGGGUUUGCGGGUGUUGUGAGCACGACGCUUUCAUCUAAAGAUAUAUGGGAUAGAUUUGGAUAGAUUUGGAUAGAGGAUAGAGGAUAGAAUAUAGGUGAGGAG